UUUUGUUAUUGUAGAUUUAAACACCAAUGUCUUUCAAAUUGUCGUCAUUUUUAUUAACAGUUUUACCGUUAGUUUUUCUGUUAAAAUUUAGUGAUUAUUAUAUUAGUUCGUUUCUUAUUCUAAAGAUAAUUAAUUGUAUGCGUGAGAUGUCACACAUUGAAUGAGCUUCGAAGUGGAUCGGUACUCGCCAGCGUGGGCACAUAUAGCCCUUUGUGCGGAUCUCACAUGGACUACGGAACCCCCUGAUGAAUUCAUUAUAGCUAAUCAGCGCCUAUGGGCACAACACUGCCGAAUAUCGCAAGUGCUACAAGACGCAGCAGCAGAAUCGCAGAACUUGCAGAAGAACAACGAAUUAACAGAUAAAAGAAGCGUAUCAAGCCAGAGCCAAGAGAACGGCAGCUGUAGUGGCAGGAGAAGUGUAAAAGAUGUUAUACCGGAAUCGAGAUUAGCACAAUUUUAUGGAAAUUUCUAUUACGACGAAGUCAGAGAAAAAUGUUAUACCAGUCCUAACGAAAGACCAAAUGGACGAGGGUACAACGGACAAGGAUGUGAAAACUCCGAUCUUACGGAAUGUUGGAUGCUACCAGAGGUGGAGUACUGGUUUCGGAAGCUGGUAGACGACUCGCCAGACCGGAGCUUCCCUCGUCGCCGCCGCCAGUACAGGAUGCUCACCGAUGACGAUUUCGAGCGCUGGGACUCGGCUGGGGCGCGGGCGGCGGGCGAGGAGGCUGCACUGGCCGCCCGCGUGCUCAGCGUCCGGCCCCUGUGGGCCCCGCAGGCGCCCCGGGCCCCCCGAGCCCGGGCCCCAAGCCCCCCGCCCAUCCCGCGCAAGAUACGGGCCCGGCGCCGGCAGCCGAGACGACUGGCUGCGCUCGCGCCGCCUCCACCGGCGUAUUGCUUGGAAGUACCCGCGCAGUUGUUCUGCGAUCCUACUUGUAAGUUUCAGUUCGACCCACCCAGACCUCCUCAACUUACUGAGUGCCAGCGAGCGAUGGGCCGUCUCUCAGCUAGCGUGCAAGCAGCUAUGCGGGCGUCGGCCGCUCGCUGCCCGCCGUAUCGCGGCACCAACGUCAGCCGGUACGCGCCCACCGGUCAACGACCCGCGCGCUGCCCCGACCGACGCUACGGCGUCUGGUGGCCAAGGGAUCACCCCUCUCCCCGCCUCGAUCACCGCUUCCAUCUCACACACCUCCCCCAAACCCAGACGCAAGAACAAAAGAAAGCAGAACCAGAAGAACCCAAAAAGGAACCGGUCCCAGAGGAAACAACCGAACCCGAACCUAAGCCAGAGGAACCACAAACGUCGCCUGAAAAACCGGAAAGCUCCAAAUGCGAAGAAGUAGCGGCCGAUGGCCAGCAACCGUCGACGAGCGCAGCUGCGUUGGAUACCAGCUUGCGAAAAAAACGACUCUACAGCACCGUCCUCAGUAUGAGCGCCCCUGCUCCCCUCAAUUUGAGCCCUGUAGGAUGCGUGAGGUUGACCCAAAAACUAGUCGCGCCUGGACUACUCAAACUGAACCCGAAAAUCGUGCUCCCAUCUGCGCGGAUACGACCGCCAAACGUCGACAACAAGUUCGAAGAACUAGAAAAGGAGGCUUUGGAACAAUACAAAGCGUCUGACGAAAGUAUAGACACGAAAUUUCGUGAGUUGGAAAAACAGGCAGUUGAACAGUACAGCACUAGCAAUAGCAACACCAGCUGCAGCAGCGGCAAUUCCGCAGAGAAGGGCACGUCCAGUCCCGCAGCACCCGAGGAGGCAAAAAACAAGAAGCAGCCGGCAAAAUUUCAUAAAGAAAAAGCAGUUGACAGCGUCGUGAUAUACUCCCAAAACUUCCCGGACCUCAACGCUAAGGGGCAUACAUCGAGUGUUAUGAAUUUAAAAAACUUCCACACCCCCCCGAGGGGGGAAAAAAAGGAGCAAACUCACAGACCUAGUAAACUGCGGAGCCUGAAGAACGAUUCGCAACGGGCGGCCUCCGAUACUGAUUACGAAGCGCGCGAGGCGAAGGGCCACAAGGGGCCCAUGAGGUGGACACUUCACGUGGUGCCGCCUAAGAAAAGGCACUUGACGUUGUGCGUCUCAGACUUCUCUUCAGACGAAGAAAUGGAGGACGCUAGUGGUUCAAUAAAGGAUGCUGGUCCGCGUAUGAAGAACCACGUCGGCAGCAAACUUAAGAUGUCGGCCCACGGCGCGGGAGACCUUCAUCCCAUCAUGAGGAAAACGUAGCAUUAUACACUGGACACCCACCAGUCGGUGUCGAACGCAAACGCGAUUGCUACUCAUUUAUUUUUACAUUUUACACGCUCGCCACUGAAAGUUGAAGAGGAUAGGAGUAAAUUGUGAAAAUGUCUCGCCGGUCACAGUGAAGCCGAUCUGAAUAAAAUUCCUGUGUGGUGUCAAUGUUUGGAGUUUCAUCAUCAACUUUUAGUGGUCCGAGGUUUUUGAUAUUAAUAUUGUGGUGAACGGAGUUUUUGUGAGAUCCGAGAAGUGUAUCGAACUGUCGUGACCGGCCCUUGUCCCGUGUUACAUAAAGCUGUUUUAGCAAUGUGCUUAUUUUUACUAGUCAUAAAUACUUUGUAUAUAUAUUUUUGUAUUUUUGAAUUUAUUAUUGAGUAAGAAAAGUAAUUUCAGUUCAUGAUACAGGGUGACGAAUGACGAUACGAAAUUUAAAUUGAUUAGGUAAUUAACAAAAAAAUAAAU